AUGUGUGGGAAGUGUAGGUCCGGAGAAGAUGCCCCUCGUUGUCACGCCUGCUACAAAGCCAUUUUUGCCGGUAGGGGGCACUAUGGGCUAAGACUCACUGUCACUGAUAUGAGUUAACAUGAAAUUCAGCAAGUGAUAUUUAUACCCACUAUGCUUAAUUUUUUAGAUACUCUGCAUUAUGUGAACUUAGAUGUAAUUAGUAAACGCUUUCUUAAAUUACAGUUAAGUUCCAUUAAAGGGGCAAUCUGCUGUUCAAAUAAUAACAAAGGGCCACCCUGCCACUGUAUUGGUAAAUAGCUGAUGGAUGGGGCUGGAGAAAUGUAACCACUUUCAGAGCAAAGGAUGGAAGGACUGACCAUCGAUAAAAUUGAUGUUUUGAGGGUAUGUAGUGUUUGUUUACAAUUAUAUUGUUUACAACCAAUUGAGUAAAACAAGCUUAUAUUUGGGGUUCUGAUGGGGAAUGACAGCUGAACUAAGUUAUAUUCUUCAAGAAUCAAUGGGUAUACAUCAUCAAUUUAAAAGUCCCAAAAUGGAUUUACUAAUCGCAGGAUUUCCCCUUUAAACCUUCCUAGAGACUGAUGUGAAUAUUUUCCUUUCCUAAAAGCUCUGAGGAUGUGGAGUAUAAAGGCCACGUGUGGCAUGAGGACUGCUUCACCUGUUUCCACUGUCAAAAAACAACAACAUACACUCUCAAAGCUUCCUGACCAAAGGCACGGACAUCUACUGUAACCCUUGCCAUGAGAAGACGUUUGCCAAGAUCUGUGUCAGCUGUUAGCAGGUAACGUAAAGAUUAGAUUUUUUAAAAUGAGAUCAAAAUACUUUGAUAUAAUUGAUGGAUGUCCAUUUUAAAUAAGCCUAUUGGACCUAAAUGGUUGAUUAGAAACCAGUUGUUCUGCCAUAUAAAUUACAUGAGUAGUACCUUGUGUUAUGCACAGUCAUGUAACAUAGCAAGAUGCUAUCCUGUUUACGGUAUGCAAGUAUGCAUUUUUCAGCAAGUCGUUUUUGAACUUUUGUAAGCUUUUUGAAUGGUAUUCAAUAGACAAAAACGUAGCGUAAUGGUCUUCAGCGCAGAAACUUCAUAAAAGGCAUCUGGCAGAAGUAAAUUAAUCUACAAACACAAAUAUAAUUGUAUAUAUAUAUUUUUUUUUAUGACCACAUUGUUAUGAAUUUGAUGAUAUAAUCAUCAAGCCCAUUCAAAAGAUUAGGGGACAUAAUACAGAAGUAAAGUGGAAGAGAUGGUUACUUUCCCAGGGUUUUGUAGGCCUUAUCCAGAAAUGAGAAUUAAACCAGAACAUGUAAGCAACUGUCUGAGGAUGGUGCUGGACCACCUGACGUAAAAAGAAAAGGGACAGUUUGAUGAAAAAUAACUAUACUGAAGAAAAAUAUAAACGCAACAUGCAAUAAUUUCACACGUAUUGCUGAGUUACAGUUCAUAAAAGGAAAUAAGAAAAUUGAUUAGGCCCUAAUCUAUGGAUUUCACAUAACUGGGCAGGGGUGCAGCUAUGGGUGGGCCUGGGAGGUCAUAGGCCCACCCACUUGGCAGCCAGGCCCGCCCUAUGGGGAGCCAGGCCUAGCCAAUCAGAAUUAGUUUUCCCCCACAAAAGGUCUUUAUUACAGGCAGAAAUACUCCUCAGCACCACCCCCCACCCCCCUCAGACGAUCCCGCAGGUGAAGUAGCCGGAUGUGGUUGUCCUGGGCUGGCGUGGUUACGCGUGGUCUGCGGCUGUGAGGCCGGUUGGACGUACUGCCAAAUUCUCUAAAAUGACGUUGGAGGCAGCUUAUGGUAGAUAAAUGAACAUUCAAUUCUCUGGCAACAGCUCCGGUGGACAAUCCUGCAGUCAGCAUGCCAAUUGCGCACUCCCUCAAAACUUGAGACAUCUGUGGCAUUGUGUUGUGUGACAAAACUGCACAUUUUAAAGUGGCCUUUUAUUGUCCCCAGCACAAGGUGCACCUGUGUAAUGAUCAUGCUGUUUAAUCAGCUUCUUGAUAUGCCACACCUGUCAGGUGGAUGGAUUAUCUUGGCAAAUGAGAAAUGCUCACUAACAGGGAUGUAAACAAAUUUGUGCACAUAAUUUGAGAGAAAUAAGAUUUGUGUGCUUAUGGAAAAUGUCUGAGAUGUUUUAUUUCAGCUCAUGAAACAUGGCACCAACACUUUACAUGUUGCGUUUAUAUUUUUUUUGCUCAGUGUAAGUAAAAGUUGAAAUCCAGGCAUGUCACAUGGUUGCGCAAAACACAGGGCCCUAGUGAGGAUUCCCCUCUAAACUGACUUGACUCUCUCCUGACCCCUAUCUAGGCCAUUACCACAGGGGAGUGAACUACCAGGAGCAGCCAUGGCACUCGGAGUGUUUUGUCUGCAGCUCCUGCCGAAAGCCACUGGCUGGGACCCGCUUUACCUCCAAUGAGGAGAAGGCUUUCUGUGUGGACUGCUACAAGACUACUGUAGCCAAGAAAUGCAGCGGCUGCCAGAACCCCAUUACAGGUCAAUACACACACACACACACACACACACACACACACACACACACACACACACACACACACACACACACACACACACACACACACACACACACACACACACACACACACACAUACACACAUACAUACAUACAUACAUACAUACAUACAUACAUACAAACAAACAACACACACACUAAUUCCACUAUUGAACGAUUGUACACAUUUGUAAUUGUUUGUUGUUUAUUCUCUGUCCUGUUCAAAGCCACCAAUGUAGUGAACUACGAGGGUAGCUCGUGGCAUGAGUACUGCUUCAACUGCAAGAAGUGCUCCCUGAGCCUGGCUAGCAAGCGCUUUGUGGCCAACGGAGGGGACAUCUUCUGCUCAGACUGUGCCAAGAACCUGGAACAGAUUGGAGGAAACAGUGGGCCUGCCAUGCCAGCU